GUAAAAAGAUGUAAAUUAUUAAAUUGUGCGUCGUGUAGUGCAAAGUGAAUUUUGGGAUUUUAAUAUUUUCUGCCAAGUAAGAAUUUUUGGUGACCUGUAUGUAAUGUGCAGCUAAUUUAUUUUAACGUAAAUAUGCGCGCAUAGGAAAACAAUAGUGUUCGACUACACUAUAUAAUACAGAGUUUAUAAGAAAUAGUUCCUUGAAAUCCAUACGGAGGAUCAGCACUAACCACAUCGAGCCAAGAACAACAUUCAAUGGAAUUUUCGUGUGCGACAACGACGCUGUUUAUUUGACGUGAGCGAAGUGUAUGUGAAAGAAAAAACAAGUGGGAGAAACGAAAUUAAAUGCGGGUAAAAUAAAACGUAACACAAAAAUAAGAGAAGAGCGACUGAAGCCAAGUGAAUAUGUAAAUAAAUGAAUGACAACGAAAAAAAACACUAUGGAGAUGGCCACACAAAUCGACGACUUGUAGACGAGCCAGAUUUUGUUUGCCUUUUUUUUCAUAACUAACAUAUGCACAUAUAUGCAUGUAUGUAGAAGAAAAAAAUUAAUGAAUGAAAACAAUCGCAAGCGUGCGGAUAAAUUUGUCAAUAAAGUAGUGUGGCAGAAAAAUGCAAAUAUUGCAAAACGCGCGUAAAGCCAGCAAAAUAGCAACAACAACAAAAAGAGCUACUGAACAACAUUAGCAAAGCAAAAUAACAAAAUAAUAACAAACGUAUUUGAAUAGUUGCAAAAUUGAUUAUUUUGUUAAGUGAAUUGUGAAAAUAGAUAUAUGUAUGUAUGUACGGGUAAAUGAAAAAAUGAAAAACUGCAAUUUAAAACACAAGUAAAAAACAUUUAAAACAUAAAGAACGAGAAAAAAUGUGCGUUGGAUCUUAAAAUUGAACGCCGCAUUUUGUACGAUUGACUUUUUUUAUGCGCUUCCCCUUUACAUUGUGUGGCAACAGUAUAAGGGUACAUCUGUAGCAAAUUUUAGUGUGUUCACAUACCACAUACACAGAGCAGUACAAAAACAAACCAAAAGCAAAAAUGGUUGUGCCCACCAUGGAUGGACUGCCACGAGUACCGGACACACAUGGCGAUAUCGUCGAUGAGAAAUUAUUUUCAGAUUUAUACGUACGAACCAGUUGGGUGGAUGCGCACGUAGCACUCGAUCAAAUCGAUAAGGGUAAAGCGCGAGGGAACCGCACCGCUAUCUACCUACGUUCAGUAUUUCAAUCCCAUCUCGAAUCACUUGGUAGUUCCGUUCAAAAGCAUGCUGGUAAAAUGCUUUUUGUUGCCAUUCUAGUGUUAAGCACCUUCUGCGUGGGUCUGAAAAGCGCUCAAAUCCAUUCGAAAGUACACCAGCUGUGGAUACAGGAAGGUGGACGACUAGAAUCUGAACUCGCCUAUACGCAAAAAACCAUCGGCGAAGUUGAAUCCUCAACACACCAGCUGAUUAUACAAACAGCGCAAGAUGCGAAUGCGUCUGUGCUGCAUCCACAAGCGUUGCUGGCGCAUCUGGAAGUGUUAAAGAAGGCGACGGCGGUAAAGGUGCAUAUGUUCGAUACGGAAUGGGGUUUGCGCGAUAUGUGCAAUUCGCCCACAACGCCAAGUUUUGAGGGGCAUUACUUCAUUGAGCAAAUUUUCAAACAUUUGAUACCCUGUUCGAUAAUAACGCCACUAGAUUGUUUUUGGGAAGGCAGUCAGCUAUUGGGACCGGAAUUUCCAGUACAGAUACCUGGCAUUGAUAAGCGAAUCAUGUGGAGCACAAUGAAUCCUUCGAGUCUCGUGCAAACGAUGAAACAACAAAUGAGUGACCAGAAAAUUUCUUUCGAUUUCGAUAUGGUGGAGCAGUAUAUGAAGCGUGCGGGCAUUACUACCGGUUACACGGAAAAGCCUUGUCUCGAUCCUAAAAGCGCAGAAUGUCCUGAAACUGCACCGAAUAAGGGUAGUCAACAGCCACCCGAUGUAGGCGCUAUACUCACAGGAGGUUGCAAUGGUUAUGCCACCAAAUACAUGCAUUGGCCGGAAGAACUCAUCGUCGGUGGCGUACAACGUAAUCGCUCUGGACACUUGCGUAAAGCAAAAGGUCUACAAACGGUCGUUCAACUUAUGACCGAGAAGGAAAUGUUUGAUUUGUGGAAUGAGAAUUAUAAGGUGCAUCAUAUCGGUUGGACGCAAGAGAAAGCAGCCGAGGUGUUAAAUGCAUGGCAGCGCAAUUUUUCAAAGGAGGUAGAGUCGCUUUUGAAGAUCAACCGACGUAUUUCCAAUAAUUAUGACAUCUAUGUCUUCUCGUCGGCCACCUUGGACGAUAUACUCGCUAAAUAUUCCAAUCCCAGCCCGAUUAGCAUUGUAAUUGGUGUAAUUGCUACGGUACUCUACGCAUUUUGCACGCUUAUACGUUGGAAGGAUCCGGUUAAGGGUCAGAGUAGUGUUGGUGUAGCUGGCGUACUUUUAAUCGGUUUCUCAACCGCAGCUGGCUUGGGGCUUUGCGCUCUACUCGGCAUUGUUUUCAAUGCGGCGAGCACUCAAGUGGUGCCCUUUCUGGCACUCGGCUUGGGUGUGGAUCACAUUUUUAUGCUUACCGCUGCCUAUGCGGAAAGUAAUCGAAAGGAACAGACCAAAUACAUAUUGAAGAAGGUCGGACCAAGUAUACUCUUCAGCGCCUGUGUCACAUCGGGCUCAUUCUUUGCUGCGGUUUUCAUACCAGUUCCUGCACUGAAAGUUUUCUGCUUACAAGCAGCUAUUGUUAUGUGCUUCAACUUAGCCGCAGCUCUGCUUGUAUUCCCUGCCAUGAUUUCUUUGGACUUACGACGCCGCACUGCCGGACGCGCAGAUAUUUUUUGCUGUUGUUUCCCGGUGUGGAAGGAGAAACCUGUAGCGGCUACAGUAACUAGCACACGGUACAGUAACAACCGUCGCAACGCUUAUGCUGUGAAAAAUUGUAAUAACCGCUCCACUGCGGCGGCCGCACAGCAGCCACAGCUGAAGUAUCAAGAGGAAGCACUCCUCUCUUGUUCAGAGAAACGAAUACCAUCUUUUUCAUUAUCGAGCUUCGCUAUUAAGUAUUAUACACCGUUCCUAAUGAAGAGUUGGGUCAAGUUUCUGGCCAUUAUCACAUUCGUCGGCACGCUUGUCUUCAGCUUGUACGCAUCAACGCGCCUACAGGAUGGCCUCGACCUAAUCGAUCUGGUGCCCAAGGACACAAACGAAUAUAAAUUUCUCAAUGCACAGGCAUCCAUGUUUGGUUUCUAUAGCAUGUAUGCAGUAACACAGGGCAAUUUCGAAUAUCCAACCAAUCAGCGAUUGCUGCACGAAUACCACGAGGCUUUUGUGCGCGUACCGCACGUAAUUAAGAAUGAUAAUGGUGGCCUGCCAGACUUUUGGCUGUCGCUAUUUCGCGAUUGGUUACUCAACCUGCAACGCAUAUUUGACCGAGAAUUCAGCGAGGGGCGUCUAACACGGGAAGGUUGGUUAUCCAAUGCUACCAGCGAUGCCAUCUUGGCUUACAAAUUACUCGUGCAAACUGGGUUUGUCGACAACCCGGUUGACAAAAGUCUGGUGUCACAGAACCGUUUAGUGGACAGUGAGGGUAUAAUCAAUCCGAAGGCAUUUUACAACUAUUUGUCUGCAUGGGCCACCAAUGACGUUUUCGCCUACGGUGCUUCACAGGGCAAAUUACACCCAGAACCGCGUCAGUAUUAUCACAUCGCCGGGGAAUAUGAUCUCAAAAUACCGAAGAGUCUACCAUUGGUGUAUGCGCAGCUGCCUUUCUAUCUGCACGGCUUGACUGAUACAUCGGAAAUUAAAGCGCUUAUUGGCCAUAUACGCGAUCUGAGUGUGAAAUUCGAGGGGCGAGGACUGCCAAACUAUCCUUCAGGCAUACCGUUCAUAUUCUGGGAACAGUAUAUGACACUACGCUGCUCACUCGCCCUUAUUCUAUGCAUCUCACUUAUUGCUGCCUUUAUAUUGGUCUCCAUACUACUAUUAUCAGUGUGGGCUGCUUCUUUGGUCGUUUUCAGCGUCGUCGCUUCUUUGAUACAAAUUUUUGGCGCAAUGACAAUUUUAGGCAUAAAACUCUCAGCCAUUCCGGCAGUGAUACUAAUCUUGAGUGUAGGCAUGAUUGUCUGCCUUACGGUGCAUAUUUCGCUGGGCUUCAUCACGUCCGUGGGUAAUCGCGAGCGUCGUAUACAUCUCUCCAUGCAAAUGACGCUCGGUCCUCUUAUACACGGUGUGCUCACUUCCGCUCUAGCGGUAUUCAUGCUCUCCACCUCACCCUUCGAAUUCGUCAUACGUCACUUCUUUUGGCUGUUGCUUGUUGUGCUGUGUGUCGGCGCUUGCAAUGGCCUUGUACUCUACCCUAUCAUUUUGAGUAUGUUCGGCCCCGAGGCGGAGUUGGUGCCACUCGAACAUCCAGAUCGCAUUUCAACACCAUCCCCUGUAAUGUCGCGCAGCAAGCGCGCCAACAAAACAGUUGUGGUGCAUGGCAGCCGUUCGUCACGUUCCUGCAAUAAGGGUAUGCAUCAUCACAAGGAUAUCAAUAUAAAUGAUCCGUCGCUAACAACCAUCACCGAAGAACCACCCUCUUGGAAAUCAUCCUCAUCGUCGAUACAAAUGAAUAACGAAUGGAAUGGCACGAAUAUGAAUAAUGCGGCGCAAAUGAACAAUUACAAUAUGAAUAAUUACUAUAUGCAUCGACCGCAACAGAAUUAUGCACAUCACCAUCAUCAUCAAGCGCCACCAGCACACCAACAACCACCGCAACAAAGCACACAACAAACAAUUUAUGGUGCGCCAACGACAUUUCACAAGCCACAGCAUCCGCAACACCCACAACAUGCACACCAUGUGUCACAACAGCAACAACAACAACAACAACAACAACAUCAAGGUGCAUCGUCGCAACCACCACCGCCGCCAACUCAACACAGCACGCAUACGCUUGGUGGCCAGCACGAAGCGAGUAACUUUCCCGAGUUGCAGAGUAUCGUGGUGCAACCGGAAGUCACUGUGGAAACGCACCACUCGGAUACGAACACAACAAAAGUAACGGCGACAGCGAAUAUCAAGGUGGAAUUAGUGACGCCAGGUCGUGCGGUGCGCAGCUACAACUUUAGCAGCUAGCGGGCCAGUACAGAGGAGACACAUUAGAGCUUUAGAAUAUUUAUUUGCUUAGUUAAAUACAGAUGUAGAAAUGUUUGAAAAUUUGAAUUUGUAGCGCACAUUACCAGCGUUGAAAGUCUGCUUGGGUACUUAUUAGACUUCUGAUUUCUUAAAUUCAAAAAGUCAACUGUGUUUAGGAAAUUUACUGGGAAGAGUGAAGUAACGCGAAGAAAUGAAAUAACGGAAAUAUGAGUACUACUCCUUGAAGCUGAAGCGAGUGCAAUGCGUUGGUAGAUUUUUGCGAAAUUGUAAAUUAAAUGUUUUAAAAACAUUGUGAAUGCAUAAAAAUUUCAAAAAAAAAUAUUAAAACUCAACAAUUUGUAGCAUAUUCAGAAAAAAGUUUCUCAGUGCUUUUUAAGGUUAUACAAUUUUAGGUGCACUCGGAAAAAAAUCUUGAAAUCUUUAUUUUACUUUUCUAGCGAAGUGUUUUGAAAUUUAUAGAGUUUCCGUUUUCAAAUAAAAUAUGUUCGCUCGCAAGGCUUUUGUAGUCUGAUUGCAUUUAUAUUUGGAAUUUUUUUUCAAAUUCAUAGCAAACCAGACUUUUGUUGCAUGAGCCAAGCCCUAUGCAAUUAACGCUUCCCAGUAAAGAGUUAAUUUAAGAAAUUGAAAUAAAAUUUAAAUUAUCAAUUAUUAAAAUCGGAAAAGACUACAUAAUACGCAUAGUAUGCAACUGAAAAGUUGAAAUUUUCAAUAGGAUUUUGUUAAGUAUUAUGAGUAGAUAUUUUUUUUAACUAUUUUAAUUUCGUAAUUAUUUGUGUGUGUAAAUAGCAAAAACAUUACCAACCAAAUAGUAUGACAUGCAGUUUAAGCGUUUCCACGACAGUCGGUUCUACGUUACCGAAACGACCCGGAUUUAUAUCCGGCCAAGGACUGUCACUCCAGCAGCAUUCCCCAUAUGUAAGUAUGGGGAAUGUUUAUGCUACUACAACAACAACAUGCAGUUUAAGUUAACUCAAAUCAAUCAUGUGACAACCCGUGACUGAGAAGAACGUAAAAGUGCUCAAAUAAAUCAAAUAAACGAAAGUUAAUAAUUAAUGAAAUAAAACCACAAAAUACUCAUAAUUCCUUAAAUAAAACAAAUACCUGUGAGCACUCAUGUGUUGGGUAUAAAAACGUUAAUUUAUAUUUUUAAACUGAAAUUGAAACUAGUACAAUUUUUUAACGACUUAAAUUUGUAUCGAUGUACAAAAAGGCACAUAAAGAUAAAAUAAUGUUUGUAAAUAUUAUUACUAUUAUUAUUAUAAUAAAAAAAGUAUUGCAUGUCUCGUACUCGAAUGUCUGGCGAGUAGCGCUAAUGAUUUUAUAAACUCAUAGUAUUCAAGUUCAAUUUAAACCACGAAUUGGUUGGUAGUAUUCAAAAAGGAAACUAAUAAAUAUACUAACUAAAAAAAGUUGAAAAAAUUUUAAUUUUAAAUAUUUAUUUAUUAUUAAAAUAAAAACAAUUUAUAGCAUUUUUACAUAAAUUAGGCUUUUCAAAAUUUUGUAGACAUCUUAACUCCUCGGGUAAAUAAAAACUAAUUUAGUAAGCUCGGCAUAAUUUUUUUUUAAUUUUUAUUCAAUAAAAGAAAAAAAUAAAUAAAUAUAAGUCCAAUGCACUCAAGCUGAGCAAAAAUCUGUUAAAAAAAAAACUUCUUUGAAAAUAUGCUUAUAUUAGUGUAAAAUACUGCUAAAUUUUUUAUGUACACAGUUGGUCGAUAUUCCUAAUUUCACAGUUUUAGUGAUCCGCACACGAACACAAAAUUGACUCCGUCGUUUGCGCGACGUUUAGUAGUUAAUAUUAUAUUUUUUUUGUAAAUGUUGUUUUUAUUUGCACAUGGAAAUAGUUUCUGUGCUUAGUUAAUGGUUGUUUACUAUUAUUAUUGUAUAAUUGAAUUAUAUUAAGUAGAUAUAAGCAUGUCUAAAUGUAUACAUCUAUCCAAGAGAGCGAAAAAUUUAAUAAAUUGAAUAGGUAUUUUUCCUAAGUGUAGCCCUAAACGAAAUCAUUGUAUUGAGUG